CCACACUUUUCCUGGAAACUUGUUGCAAUGCUGCACUCGAAACAGAAACAGCUAGCAGUUAGCUAGCUAGCGUUAGCUAAUAUUGAUUCAGUAUCCAGCAGCAGUUGUAGCGCAGAGAAACUCGUGCUCCGUCCACACACCAAUGACAGGCACACUAAAUGUACAGAUAUGCGCCUGGACAUUGACUGAUAUCUGGCUUUGUAUUCCGGACUUUGUCGCCACCGCUCUGUGAAGCUCUCUGAUCUGAAGCUGUAACUUGACUCGCGGCUAUGGAUCCUGAUCGUCAGAAACGCAGAGAGGAAAUUCAGAAAGCCAUGAGCUUUAUUCAGUCAUCACUGCCUUUCCCAGAGCCAGAGAGCUAUGAGGCGUUUGUGAUCCAGUUGGUAUGCAACUUGCUGGACGAGGGCAAUUCUUGCUUCCGUGAUGGGGACUGUCGUCAAGCGACCCAGCAGUACGGAGAGGGGGUCAGUGUGGCCCGCUACGCUCAGGCCGAGGCCCUCGUCAUCCCGCACGAGCUGCUGGAGAGCUUGUAUGUCAACAGGGCCGCCGCCAGCUACCAGACGAGGGAGUAUGAGCGCGGUGUUCAGGACUGUGACAGCGCACUGUCUGUGUCAGAAGGCAGUCGCAGGGCUUUGUACCGCAAAGCCAUCUGUCUGAGGGAGCUGGGACGAAUCCGGGAGGCCUACGAGUGUGGAACUAAAUGUCUAUUCACAGCGCCACACGACCGGCAGGUGAAUGACCUGGCUCAGGAUCUGGCCAGUAAACUAGGCCUGAAGGGCCGCAAGGCUUACGUCAGCCCUCAAACGGAGUCCACAGCCACAGAAGGGGAGAGUCACGGGGAGACUUCCCCACCCACGGGAGAGAUGUCCUCCAAUGGGCUGGAAUCUCUGGGUGACAUGGGACCAGCGGACCAGUCCAACGCGCAGUGCAUCCCUGCUCCUUUGGCCACGCCCAUCCCAGUCAGUGAUGACCCGGCGACCCCAGUGUCCCCGUGCACUGACCUGUCGGAGAGCCCCAGCAGCCAAGGCCUGCCCCCCAUGCCGUACUCCGUCCCUGUGUCGGAGCACAUGGAAGAAUGCAGCAGCAGCGUCAUCAAUGACGAGCUGGACAGUCUGCUGGAUUGCAUCCCCAAAAAAGUCAGUGAGAGUCCAGUCCAGGGUGCGAUCCCCACCAACCUUCCCAAUACGGCAGUGGGCCUCCGGCCGCCAUACUCCCCAAACCUUCCAGCCUCGUCACCCCAGCUCACCCCAACCUUCUUCAGCUCCUCUAUCAGUGACAUGCCCCCACUGGAGCCCUACUCGCCGCUGGCCCAGCGGGACCAGGGCUCCACCCAGGCGCAGGACGCACUGGGAGACUUCCCCACAGGGACCACGGAUGGAGAAGGGAAGGCAGGAAUCGCUGCUGGCGGGCUGGACUCGUUGUCCGAGUAUACUCUCCCUGGGGGGCGAAUGUGUCACAGCUUCAUCCCUGGAAUGCGUAACCACAGUGCUGCACAUGCAAACGGUCCUGCAGGAACCAACCUGUCUCUGCUCUCCAGGAAUCCUCUGGCAGUCACACAUGAGUUUCGGCAGGCCUGUCAUGCCUGUUACAGCCGAAUAGGUCCUAGAGUGAUGGACUACAAGUAUCAGCCAGAGGCAGCACACCGCUGCAAAAGGGACGUGCUUCUGUGCCGCCUCAAAAACACAGAUGACCCAACGUGGAAGAGGAUCCGGCCAAGGCCCGCACGGAACAACUUCCUGGGGGCAUUUGUACUCUGUAAAGAGGUGCAGGAGCGUCAGGAGUGCCAGUAUGGGGAGAACUGUACAUUUGCUUACUGCCAGGAGGAGAUUGACGUGUGGACCCAGGAGAGGAAGGGUGCGCUGAGCCGAGAGCUGCUGUUCGACCCGCUGGGCAGCACAGAGAGACGGGCGCUCAGCGUCACCAGACUGUUGCAGCUCCACAUGGGCAUGUUCAUGUUCCUCUGUGAGGAAUGUUUUGACAGUAAGCCUCGCAUCAUCAGCAAGCGCAGCAAAGAAAACUUGGCGGUCUGCUCAAACCUCACAGCUCGACACCCGUUUGACGACAACAAGUGCCUGGUGCACGUGGUGAGGUCGGCCAAUGUGCGCUACAGUAAGGUGCGCCCCCUGCACCCUCUCUGCCAGUUUGACGUGUGUCGCCACGAGGUUCGCUAUGGCUGCCAGCGCGAGGACAGCUGCUCCUUUGCUCACUCCGUCAUAGAGCUCAAAUGCUGGGUCCUGCAGCAGGAUACAGGUAUCACCCACGAAGAGAUGGUGCAGGAGUCCAAGAGACAUUGGCAAAGGCUGGAGCAGAACGCACAGAAGCAGCAGAAGCCUAUCCACAUCCCACAUCCAAGCAGCAGCAUGUCUGCAGGAGGGGUGGGGGGAAUGGGAGGCGGAGGAGACGGCAUUGGUGGGGGUGGGGUGGGCCCAGUGGGUGGGUUGGGGAUGGGAGGAUUGGGCGCAGGCAUGGGCAGAGGGCGCCCCCUCAACCUGAAAAUGAAGUUUGUGUGCGGCCAGUGCUGGAGAGAAGGACAGGUCAACGAGCCCGACAAGAACCUCAAGUACUGCACCGCCAAAGCACGGCACAGCUGGACGAAGGAGCGUCGGGUUCUGCUGGUGAAAUCCUUUGAGAAGAAGAAGUGGGUUGUUGUUCGGCCUCUGCCCUUCUCCCGCACCUAUCCACAGCAAUAUGACAUGUGUGUGCACGUGAUGAAGCAGAAGAAGUGCCACUAUAUUGGGAACUGCUCAUUUGCUCACAGUCUGGAGGAGAGGGACGUCUGGACGUACAUGAAGAACAACAGCUUGAGAGACAUGCAGCAGAUGUACGAACUGUGGCUGCAGCUCACCAAUCAGAGCAGACGCACAGAAAGCUCGGUUGUGAGCCCGCCCCCAGAGGAGAAGCAGGUCACCAUAACGGCAGACUACGCGGAAAGCAUGGGAGGCCGGCGGUUGUCAGACGGGGACGAUCUCUGAGAGUUGCUGUGUUGACGAGAGCCAGCUGAUCGCCGCUGAGCUGCACAGAGAGACGGGUCUGCCACACCAACUCAACUGUCUGUCACCUCGCCAGUCUGACCUCCUGUAACAUCUCGCCAGCAAUGUCAGAGAAGAUGGACACGCAGCUAAAUGGUUGAGCCACACACACACACACACACACACACACACACACACACACAAAUACAAAACACUUCCACACAGCACAUGACACACAAAUCACAGGCACCGCUUAAUACAAAGAAAAAGCUUUGUGAGGGAAAAUAUAGGACUUUUUGUUUUAGUAGGAAGCUUCAGUUACACUCAGCACCUUUAGGUUCAGAUUAUACUGCAGAAAUUCCACAGACACCUAGUUUUGCUCUGACUAAAGAUAAUAAACUAGUAUUCCCUAGUGCUCUUUGGACUAUUUGUGUCCACCAGGCGCCACUUUCUUUUUCUUUUUUUUUGUUAAAAUCCUCGCAGCACUGAAACAAUUCUUGGGUGGGCGCGCUGGUCGCAGCCCUUUAAAUUUCACUCGGUGAUGAUUUAAAACGAAAUUUUAACUUUGGAGUGCGAAGCCCACAAUGCUGUCAAUGGCAACAUAGAAACUGAGGAGAAUUGUAAAAAAGAGAUUCUAAGUGGAGACUCCUCGAUAAGCUGCCCAACAACCAAAUCCCUCUCUCCUUCCUUCACGGGAGCAUUACGAGAAGGGUCAAACUAGCUUUCUGGAGAUUACUGAUUUUGAGUAAUUUUAUUUUUUUUCCAAGGCGAGUUGCUCUUCCUUGUUAUAUUGUCUGCCAUAUUGGUAGAACGCUAUGAAUGUAAUGCCUGCAUGGGCCUUUGAAACUAGGAAAUUAGUCAUUUAAAACGUUGUUGUGGAAUGUAUGCAAGUAUACUUACAUGCCCCAAAACAAACUUGUGUAACAUGACAGCCCUCCCCUCUAUAGAUAUAAGAUGGCCUCUUAAUAGCUGGUUGUGUAAUCAAACCGAUGAGCGCCGACACGCACGCUCAUCACAUAACCUUGCAGUGGGAGUCAGCCGGUGUCCAGGGGAGGUGGGUGUAAAUCAACUAACCACCUGUGGCUAAUGUACCCAUCAUGUACUGGCAGCCGACAGAGAUGUGAAGCGGGUGUAGGAGGGCGACGGAGAGAAGCGACUGCAGCACGUCGUCCUGGCUGGAGCUGCUCUCAGCAUUAGAUCGGUUCACGCCGCAGAUGCCCAUUUAAGAAAUGAUGACCUCACUUGGACUGAAGCACAGUCAAAAUACUGCCCACGCAGAAGACUUCAGUUGUUAAUAAAAAAAGAUCAUUUAAAGAUUGAAAAGCUGGGUAAAAAUGAAGGAAUAUUAAGAAUGUAUGUUUCUACAGUUGAUUGUGAGAAUAUUUCAGAUAAUUUAAAAGUAAGGGCAUGUUGCCACUUCUUCAGUUGAACUGGGGUCAUUGUUUCACAGAUGAACACAAACAGUUGUGCCCCAACAGCCUUCAGAUGGACAUCAGUGUUCCUCAUGUGCAUCCAUUUGUUAUGUUCCUGAUGGCUAUCAGUCGCUCCUAAUAUUAACCUUUUCAUUAUGAGAAAGCUGUUGGCCUGAGACAGGGAAACCAUUCUCACCACAUGUUGUGCCUAUAAACAACACCUAUACACACACACACACACACACACACACACACACACACACACACACACAGGAAGGAUAUCUGUUGCCAUCUUAUUCUAGCCUUUAACGUGGACGGAGACACGAUGGAGAUAUGUCUAUAUUCAGAUACAUAUACACACAUAUUAUACAUAUUUACAAAUAAUGGUAUACUACUAAUAAUAAUUGAUAACUUAGCGGUUAAGCUUAAUAAAUAUAUAACCUGAAAACCUGUAUUGAUUACAUAGAAGAACUUCUUGUUAUUGAGGUAUUGCUAUAUGACAUGUAUCACUGAACUAGAUGACUAUAGUGUUUUUUGUUUUAUAUGAUUCUUUUUAUUUUGUAAUUUCUUCCUUCUGUGUGGGUUGUUCCAGACGGGGUUUGUUUGUUCGGUAAAUCUUGACACAGAGCAGAAGAGAAGAAAUCGAGUGAGCCCAACUUGAGAGGGUUUUUAUUUAUUUUUUCCUUUGUUCACAAGUUCAGUAGCUAAACUGGAUCCACAGCAUGUGGCGGUGUUCCUGUCCCUGCAAUGUGUGGGUCAAAAGCUGCACUUUAUAUUUCAAGCCUUCAUCUAAUGUUCCCGUCCAGAGUGACCUCGGCUCAAUGCAAAAGACAACAACAAGCGGCUUCAAUUCCCCAAACUCUGACACUACACUCGAGCAGAACGUUACCGUCAAUCGGACCAGACCGUGUGAAGACGAGAUAUUUUAUUUAACCAUCGAACCACGAUGUAAGAGAGUUUUUUUUGUGGUAUUUCAUUUGUCUGCAGUCGGUGUAUAAAUAGAAAAUAUAGAAAUGGUUUUGACGCCACAGCCUACAGUGUCUUGAAACAAACUUAAUGCCCAUGCAGUCAGAAUCUAGACUGCCGGCCCAGCCUGGGCUUAAUCCUAAACAGCAGAUCUAAGGUCAGUUUAGCUGGACACUCAUCAGGUUUUUUUUUUUUUUUUUUUUUUGGUGGUGGGAGGGGGGGGAAUUGUUGAUAAUGAGACCUUGUCUGGAGCAGCCCAGGUAUUAGCUUCUUUGAGGGAUCGUAUUACUACUACUCCUAGUAUUAUGAUGAAUAUGAUGAUGAUGAUAAUGAUUGCUAUCUAUUGACUAUUUCUAUUUCUUCUCUAUAUGCUAUUGAUAUAUGUAUGUUUAUUGCAAUGUAUAACUCUCUUUAUAUAUGUAUCCAUGUAUGAAUAUAAUAAUUAACAGUAAAUAUGCGUCUGUGUAUGCAGCAGGGCACAGCUCUGUGUCUGGGAGGCAGUGAGCAGAAGACGUCCAGCUUCUGAUAUCUAAUGUAAGGCGUUUAAAGGUUUAACCUACAGGUGUGUGUGGGGGGGGGGGUCGGUUAUCAGCCACCUGUAGGCCAUCAGUAGUAGAAGCCAUUUCACACUGUACAGUAGACCUGCUAUAUAUUAAUGUUGUCUGAGCUCUGUUCGUAAGCCUUAGGAUUAUUUGGGCACUGGCCAAAAGAAAAGAAAAGCUAGUUGAUGAUUUAAGUUUACAGAUAUAUAUAUAUAUAUAUAUGAAUGAAUGAAUGAAUGAAUGAAUGAAUGAAUGAAUGAAUGAAUGAAUGAGACUGUUUCCCUGUGGCAGUGUCCUCAGUGUCGAUCCUACCAGCGGAGCUCGCUGCUCACUGCCUGUGCUGUGCGCUUUUGUUUGAGCUGAUUCACCGAGCACAGACAGAUACGGAAACAAAAGCAUACAUAGUAGCCUAUAUACUCCUGUGUAGCGCCUUAUUCAAUAUACUACACCUAUAAGAUGAUACAUACCCCUAUUGUAUACCCAUUCUUACUAUAUACAGUAUAUGAUACCUGAUACCUAUUAUAAUACUUAGACACCCUUAUAAGGUCAUUUAGAUAAGAGAUGGUGGAGCUUUUUUUAGUUUGUUUUCUUUCUGUGGCUGUGUGAGGGUUUUUCUGUGCUCGGUAAUGUGUUCCCAUCUGGUUUUUUCAGGGUGUUUUAAAAAGGACAAGUUAUUAGUCGAGUGCCGCAGACUCAAAUGCUCUCUGUCAUUCAUUAGUUGUCCAUUCAGGAUAUUCCCAAAGCAGCUGGGAUGGAUAGAUAACAUCACCCAUUUGCCAAAACUUGGUAAAUCUUAAUUUUGUCUUUGGUAAAUAACCACAAGGUGGAAUUUUAUUUAAAACUUAUAAUUGGCUGCAUUAAAUAGGGACUCUGACUGGCAUCUGUGACAAGUGGAUGAGCAAAACAGUCUCUGCUUAUAAAGACAUGUUGGAGUAAAUUGUUAUAGUAAAGGCAGAGUAUUUGAGGGGGGGGGGGGGCUCUUCUUCCUUUGUUGGAGAAAGGUACUAAUGAUGUAACUGAAUUUCACAGCGGAACCUGUGUUGUUAAAAGCAGGCGAAUCAUGACACAAACUAAAGGUGAGGAGGUUUCUGCUACUUUAUGCAUAACAGCAGGCGUUGUAGUGCUCAGAACUACAAUAUUUACAGAGGCUACAGUACAAGAAACCUCCGACACAUGCAGGCCCUUUCAUUGCCGUUCAUUCUACUGUAACAAUAAAGGGAUUAUUCCCAGUGUGUGAGGGGGCCUGAGCAUGCAGACAUAGUGGUCCUGCCCUCUCAUAACGUUUGUGUCACUUGAUUCCCAGCGCCAACACACACCUGCACAGCCACAUAAAAAAAAAAAAUCUUAAUUUUAUCGGUUUUCAAUCAUUUAGAAAAUAUCGGUACUUUGAAUUGUUUUUCAACACCUCUGAUGAUGAAACCAGGGUUGUAAAGAAGUGGAAAAAACAAAGCCUCUUUUUGUACUGUAUUUUUACAUUUUGUUUUAUCUUCUUGACUUUGUUUUCUCUUUUCUCCUCCCUGGUUGGAAGUUCAUGAUCUCAUAAGUGGACCAAAUCUCUUGAAAGCAUUUAAUAAACAGACCGUUUUAG